UUUACAUGAUAAAUAUACCGUUUUACGGUUACCCAGAACUUUGUUAAAAGAUUAUUAUAUCUUUGUCAUGCUAUACAUACAUAUGUCGGACUUGAGUAUGUUUUACAUUAUUAAUGCAUACACUGGCUAUUCAUUCGGGUUCCAUCUUACACAAUAUACAGAUAGUUAACUCACCUCAAAAUCCGGACUCCUGGCUAAAAAAAUUAUUCUGAUUUUCGGUCUAGCUACAUACGUAUGUGUGUAGUUGUUGUAUACAUUGUCCCGAUUGUACUAAAAUAUCAUCUUUGCCAAUUUAUAAUAGCAACUAUUUAGUUUGCAUUUUCGUGUAGAAGAAAUCAUGAAUUGUUGCGGACAAGACUUACAAACUAUAGUGAAAACUAUGCAAAUCCUCCAAAUGCUUGGCUAUUUCGUCGCAGCUUCAUUUUGUUUUGACGUUGGAGUCAAUUUUGGUCUCGAACAUAGAAUUAUCUUGAAUACGGUUGUACUGCUUAUGGCGAUAAGUUCUACAGUGGGACUCAUCACCGCAAUUAUUUUGUUUAUAGGCAUGAAUCUGGAAAAACCUUCCAAAUGGAAAACACGGCUAAUUUACAAUUCAGUCUGGAUGGCGUUAAUAAUUCCCAGUAAUGUAUUUAUUUUAAUUGGUAAUCCAGAUCCAUUGGUGCGACUCUACGCGAGUUUGGAUUUGGGAAUUUUCACGUAUUGCAUAUGCCUUCUUUACGCUUAUGCCAAAGAAGUAAGAAAAUUGAAAGCAAAAGGAGUGGAUAUAUGUACUGUUCUCGAUAAGGCUUAA